AUGGCUUCCACAGGUAGUGGCCUCCGUAUUCAGGGGGAUGACAACCUCCAGUCCAUGCUGGUGGGGACAGUAAUGAGGAAAAUCAAGUCUCGUACCUGGAAGAAGCAGCGGUAUUUCAAGUUGCAGGAAGACUGCAUGACCAUCUGGUACAAGUCCAAGAAGGCCGGCAACACCCACUCCACAUUUUCUGUGAGCGAUGUGGAGGCCAUACGAGAAGGCCACCAGAGCGAGGUGCUCCUCAGCAUCGCAGAUGAGUUCCCAGCUGACCGAUGCUUCACGCUGGUCUUCCGAGGUCGCAGGGGCAACCUGGACCUGGUGGCUGAGUCCACCGAGGAGGCACAGUCCUGGAUCAAGGGCAUGAAGAAGCUGAUUGAGAACCUGGAGAACAUGGGGGAGAGUGAGAAACGUGACCAAUGGAUUGGUGACUGGUUCAAGAAGGCCGACAAGAACAACGAUGGCAGGAUGAACUUCAAGGAAGUGCGAGAUCUGCUGAAGAUGAUGAAUGUGGACAUGAAUGAACACCACGCUCAUCGUCUUUUCACCAUGGCUGACAAGUCCCAGUCGGGUACCCUGGAGGACGAUGAGUUUGUGCUGUUCUACAAAAUGUUGACCCAGCGCGAGGAUGUGCUGAGGGUUUUCCAGGCGUACUCAUCUGAUGGUCAGAAGCUAUCGCAGAGCAACUUGGAGGACUUUCUGAGAGAGGAGCAGCUGGAAGGGGAUGAUACCCAACAGCAUGCCAAGCAGCUCAUUGAGUGCUACGAGCCCUCAGACACAGCCAAGCUGCUAAACGCCAUGACAUUUGAUGGCUUCUUGAUGUACCUGGGCUCAGCUGAAGGCUCCAUCUUCAACCCACAGCGGAGGGGCGUCUUCCAGGACAUGAGCCAGCCGCUGUGCCACUACUUCAUCUCCUCGUCCCACAAUACCUACCUGAUGGAGGACCAGCUCCGGGGACAGAGCAGCGUGGAGGGAUACAUCAGGGCUCUGAAUCGCGGCUGCCGAUGCGUGGAGGUAGACUGCUGGGAUGGUGCCAGUGGAGAGCCCAUCGUCUAUCAUGGACACACUUUAACCUCCAAGAUACUCUUCAAAGAUGUGGUCAAUGCCGUGGGCAACUACGCCUUCAAGGUAUCGGAAUAUCCAGUCAUCCUGUCCAUCGAGAACCACUGCAAUGUUGAGCAACAGAGAGUCAUGGCCCAACACCUCAGCAACAUCCUCGGUGACAAGCUGCUGAAAAGCACGUUGGAUGGCAAGGCCCCCAUCGGGCUGCCAUCUCCUGAGGAUCUAAAGGGGAAGAUUCUUGUGAAGGCAAAGAAAAUUGGCGGUCUCGAGGAUGCUUUCAAUGGGAUGGUGGAAGACUCUCUGACCGGGGAGGUCAGCGAUGAAGACGAGGCAGCUGAAAUGGAUGAAGAUAACCUGCACCGAGAGAGUGUCCGUCGUAGGGUUAAGAAGUCAAAGCAACGCCUGUCCAAGGAGCUCUCAGACUGCGUUGUUUACUGCAAAAGUGUUCACUUCAGUAGCUUCAAACACUCUCGCAUCCACUCCAAGUUCUAUGAGGUGGCAUCUUUCACAGAAUCUAAAGCCCGAAAACAUCUGAGAGAGGCUGGGGCAGAGUUUGUCCACCAUAACUCGCGACAGCUGACCAGGGUUUAUCCCACUGGCUUCCGAACCGACUCCUCCAAUUUUAAUCCUCAGGAAAUGUGGAACGCUGGGUGCCAAAUCGUUGCGUUGAACUUUCAGACAGCAGGAGAGGGGAUGGAUCUGAACGACGGACUGUUCAGUCAGAACAGUCGCUGUGGUUACGUCCUGAAGCCCGACUUCAUGAGAGAGGCUGAGAAGAGGUUUGACCCUGAGACACCUCAGCAACGGGAUCACUAUCAACCCGUCGUCCUCACCAUACAGGUGAUCAGUGGCCAACAGCUGCCCAAAGUCAACAUCAAAGAGGGUUCUAUAGUGGAUCCUCUGGUUAGAGUGGAGAUCCACGGAGUUCCGAUGGACCAGGCCAAGCAGGAGACCAGAUACAUCGAGAACAAUGGAUUCAACCCAGUGUGGUACGACACUCUGCGCUUCACCAUCCACACUCCUGAGCUGGCCCUGGUGCGCUUUGUGGUGGAGGACUAUGAUAAAACAUCCAAGAAUGACUUUGUGGGGCAGUAUACGCUGCCGCUCAGCUGCAUGCAGCAAGGUUAUCGUCACAUUCACCUUUUGUCCAGAGAUGGAACCAGUAUUCCUCCCUCAUCGCUAUUUGUUCACAUCAGGGUCACGGAACUGGAAUAA